AUAGCACAAGCAGUUUAUCCAUACCAAAAUUGGAGUGGUAAAGUGGAAGGGAGAGGAGGAAGCAAGCAAGACCAAUUAAUCAUGGGCUCCUCUUCAGUCUUCGCUCUCUCUCUUCCUUCCUUUCACUUUGCCCCCUCUCCACAAAACCCACUCAACACUUUCCAUACUAACACUUCUAAAACUAGAAAAACGCCACUAACUCUUGUUUCUUCUACGGAUGAUUCUUCAUCUCCCUCACUUUUUCACAAGUCUCUUCCUCUGGCUGCUUCAGCUCUCAUUCUUCUCUCUUCAAAUCCGGCUAAAGCUGGGUUUCUAUCUGGGUCCUCUGGGAUAGAGUCUGUUCCUGGUCCUAAGUUACCCCAAAUUGAAUUUCUUGAGCGCUUCAAUGAAGAAAACCAGAAAAAGUAUGCUGAGAAUGAUGCAAGAUUCAAAUCAUCCCCCCUUCUCAACAAGUUACUAGAGAAAUCCAAGUUGAACAAAGAAAAGAAUAAGCUAGAGAUUCAAGACAAGUACUGUCUACGUGGAGCAGAAUGGGGAGUUGGAGAUUGCUCAGCUGAGGGAAUGACAGCUGAGGAGAAGGAUAGCUUUAUUUCCAUGCUCAAGCAGAAGACUGGUGUUAAACAAUAAUUUAUUUAUCUUUACUCUUUUCUAUAUAAAAAUGUAUAAAUAUAAAUAGAAUAUUCUCAAAUUUGUAGAACAAAUAUACCAUUUCUAUCCACACCAAUGGAACUGAACGACACUCUCAUUUAUGUCGUUCAACACAAAA